GUUAUGUCUAAACGAAUCAAGCUCCGGUUCAGGUCUUCACUGAGAGAUGAUUGUUUCUGUUUCGUUUUGUUGAUACGGGCUCGAAGUCUCGGUGCUGAACGAACAUCAGUGAGUUUGACGUGUUUCCAUAUACAGGGAAGAUGUCAGACUUUGAGACGAGGAAGAGGAAGAGAUCUUCAUCUCCAGAUCCCAGCUGUGUGUCUCUGAAGAGCAAUCAAUCCAUGGAUCCUCCUGUUCUCUUCAGUGAUGGACCAGUGACCUCUGACCCCAGUAUCUUCAGGAGGAGGAAGAAAUCUUCAUCUCCAGAUCCCAGCUGUGUGUCUCUGAAGAGCAAUCGAUCCAUGAAUCCUCCUCUUGUAUUCAGUGAUAGACCAGUGACCUCUGACCCCAGCAGGGGGAGUCAGAGAGCAGCAUCUCUACAACCCAGUUGUGUGUCUAUGAACAGCAGUGGAUCCAGAGUUCAUCCUGAAUUCAGUGAUGGACCAGUGACCUCUGACCCCAGAGAUGAUCAGACUGGAGACCAGGAUUCUCCUCAAGCAGUAGAUGAUGAACUACAGAGAGUCAAAGACCAGCUCAAAACCAGCAUGAAGAACAAGUAUGAGAGAUUAUCUGAGGGACUGAAACUCCAGGAGAAUGAAACCCUCCUGAACAGGAUCUACACACAGCUCUAUAUCAUAGAGGGAGAGAGAGAAGGAGUGAAUGAACAACAUGAGGUUUUACAGAUGGAGAAAACAGCCAGAACACAACACUCACAAGACACUCCAAUCUACUGCAAUGACAUCUUUAAAGCCUCACCUGAACCAGGAUGUGAGGAGAAACACCAGAUCAAGACUGUUCUUACUAAAGGCAUCGCUGGAAUCGGAAAAACCGUCUCUGUGCAGAAGUUCAUUCUGGACUGGGCCGAGGGAAAAGACAAUCAGGAUGUAGAUUUCAUGUUGGUGCUUCCAUUUCGAGAGCUGAACUUGAUCCGAGAUCAUCAGUACAGUCUUCACAGACUUCUGCUGGACUUUCAUCCUGAACUUCAAGAUCUGGACUCAAAGAUUUAUGAGGAGUGUAAAGUUGUGUUCAUCUUUGAUGGUCUGGAUGAAAGCAGAAUCACACUGAUGUUUUCAGAUGAUGAGAAAGUUUCUGAUGUGACUGAGACUUCAUCAGUGGGUGUGUUGAUGUCAAAGCUCAUGACAGGAGAGCUGCUUCCCUCUGCUCUCAUCUGGAUCACCUCCAGACCAGCAGCAGCCAAUCAGAUCCCCUCCAAAUACAUCAACCGUCUGACAGAGAUUCAGGGAUUCAAUGAGCCUCAGAAGGAGGAAUAUUUCAGGAAGAGAAUCAGUGACGAGCAUCAAGCCAGCAGAAUCAUCUCACACAUCAGAAGAGCAAGAAGCCUCCACAUCAUGUGCCACAUACCCGUCUUCUGCUGGAUCUCAUCCACUGUGCUUCAGAAGCUCCUGAAAGAAGAUCUGAGUGCAGAAAUCCCUCAAACUCUGACUGAAAUGUACAUCCACUUCCUGCUGAUUCAGAUCAACAUGAGGAAUCAGAAGUAUGAAGAGAGAGAUCCAGAGAAACUGCUGCAGUCCAACAGAGAAGUGAUUGUGAAACUUGCUGAAGUGGCUUUCAAUCAGCUGAUGAAGGGCAAUGUGAUGUUCUAUGAGGAGGACCUGAGAGAGAGCGGCAUAGACGUCACUGACGCCUCAGUGUAUUCUGGGAUUUGCACUGAGAUCUUUAAGGAGGAAUCUGUGAUUCAUCAGAGGAAAGUCUACAGCUUCAUUCAUCUGAGCUUUCAGGAGUUUCUCGCUGCUUUCUAUGUGUUUUAUUCAUAUGUGAUCAAGAACAACAAAACACUGGAUGAAUUCAGUUUGUACAGAUCUGAUAAAGACUCUCUGUAUGAUGAAGACCCUCUGUAUGAUGAAGACCCUCUGUAUGAUGAAGACCCUCUGUAUGAUGAAGAGUCUCUGUAUGAUCUACUAACAUCAGCAGUAGAUAAUGCCCUCUGGAGUGAGAAUGGACAGCUGGAUCUGUUCCUGCGGUUCCUGCUGGGCGUCUCACUGGAGUCCAAUCAGAGGCUCUUACAGGAUCUACUGACACACACAGAGAACAGCUCAGAGAGCAUCAGAGAAAUCACACAGUACAUUAAAGAGAAGAUCAAAGGUGAAGAUAACCUCUCCACUGAAAGAUCCAUCAAUCUGUUCCUCUGUCUGCUGGAAGUCAAAGAUCAGUCUCUGUCCAGAGAGAUUCAGGAGUUUCUGAAAUCAGACAAACACUCAGAGGAGAAACUCUCUCCGUCUCACUGCUCAACAAUCUCCUACAUGAUUCAGAUGUCAGAGGAGCCGCUGGAUGAGAUGAACCUCAUGAAAUACAACACAUCAGAUGAGGGGAGAAGAAGACUGAUACCAGCUGUGAUCAACUACAGAAAAGCUCUAUUUUCUGGCUGUAAUCUCUCAGAUCAGCAUUGUGAAAUUGUGUCUUCAGCUCUACAAUCCUCAAACUCUGUCCUGAGAGAGCUGGAUCUGAGUAACAAUGACCUACAGGACUCUGGUGUCAGCUUCAUUUCUGAUGGACUGAAGAGUCCAAACUGUCAGCUGCAGAUCCUGAGACUUGUUUGCUGUAAUCUCACUGCUCAGUGUUGUGACAGUUUGUCUUCAGCUCUACAAUCCUCAAACUCUGUCCUGAGAGAGCUGGAUCUGAGUAACAAUGACCUACAGGACUCUGGUGUCAACUUUGUUUCUGAUGGACUGAAGAGUCCAAACUGUCAGCUGCAGAUCCUGAGGUUGUCUGGCUGUAUGGUGACAGAGGAAGGCUGUGGUAAUGUGUCUUCAGCUCUGAGUUCAAACCCCUCACACCUGAGAGAGCUGGAUCUGAGCUACAAUCACCCAGGACAAUCAGGAGUGCAGCUGCUCAACCACAAACUGGAGGAUCCAAACUAUAAACUGCAGAUACUCAAUGUGGAUCAUGGAGGAGAGGUCAUGAUGACAGCAGGAUUACGAAAGUAUGCCUGUGAUCUCACACUGGAUCCAAACACAGCACACACUCGACUCGUUCUGUCUGAUGGGAACAGGAAGGUGACAUAUGUGUCAGAGUAUCAGCCGUAUCCUGAUCAUCCAGAGAGAUUUGAUGUGUGUCCUCAGGUUCUGUGUAGAGAGAGACUGACUGGACGCUGUUACUGGGAGGCUGAAUGGAGCGGAGAUGGUGCUGUAAUAUCAGUGACAUAUAAAGAAAUCAGCAGGAAAGGAGGGAGUGAUGACUGUGAGUUUGGAUUCAAUGACAAAUCCUGGUGUCUGUACUGCUCUGAUGGAGGAUUCUCUGUCUAUCACAAUAACAACAGCACUGAUACACCUGCUGUCCGUUCAUCCUCUAAGAGAGCAGGAGUGUAUGUGGACGUGUCGGCCGGCACUCUGUCCUUCUACAGCGUCUCUCACACACACACACUCACACACUUACACACACUCAACACCACAUUCACUGAACCCCUCUGUGCUGGAUUUACUGUUUAUAAUUUUUCCUCAGUGUCUCUGUGUGAUAUUAAAGGAUAGAGAGACACUCUGUAAAUCCUCUUUCUGAUCUUCACACACACUCAUCAAAUCUCACUUCAUUACAUUUGUAUUCAUUCAUUUUUAAUUUUCAUUCAUUCUGAAUCUGGAAUAAACAGAGUAAUAAAGUUGCUUUAAUAUUCAUAUUGUAAAUUGUUCAUCAGAUUGAAUAAAAGUACAUUUGAGACUCA